GUCACUUCCGCCGAGUCCCUGACCUGCUGCUAGGAUCGCGACGGGAACUGGAGCCCGAGGUCCCCGCGCGGCCCGGGCCUGGCGCCCUGAGGGGAAGAGCGGCCCGGCCCGAGCCAUGACGGACGGGAUCCUAGGGAAGGCAGCCACAAUGGAGAUCCCUAUCCACGGGAACGGCGAAGCCAGGCAGCUUCCUGAAGAUGAUGGGCUGGAGCAGGACCUCCAGCAGGUGAUGGUGUCAGGACCCAACCUCAAUGAAACCAGCAUUGUGUCUGGUGGCUAUGGGGGCUCUGGUGAUGGACUCAUCCCCACAGGGUCUGGCCGCCAUCCAUCUCACAGCACCACUCCUGCUGGCCCUGGAGAUGAGGUGGCUCGGGGCAUUGCUGGAGAAAAGUUUGACAUCGUCAAGAAAUGGGGCAUCAACACCUAUAAGUGCACAAAGCAACUGUUAUCAGAACGAUUUGGUCGAGGCUCACGGACUGUGGACCUGGAGCUUGAGCUGCAAAUUGAGUUGCUGCGUGAGACGAAGCGCAAGUAUGAGAGUGUCCUGCAGCUGGGCCGGGCACUGACAGCCCACCUCUACAGCCUGCUGCAGACCCAGCAUGCCCUGGGUGAUGCCUUUGCUGACCUCAGCCAGAAGUCCCCAGAGCUUCAGGAGGAAUUUGGCUACAAUGCAGAGACACAGAAACUACUAUGCAAGAAUGGGGAAACGCUGCUAGGAGCCGUGAACUUCUUUGUCUCUAGCAUCAACACAUUGGUCACCAAGACCAUGGAAGACACGCUUAUGACUGUGAAACAGUAUGAGGCUGCCAGGCUGGAAUAUGACGCCUACCGCACAGACUUAGAGGAGCUGAGUCUAGGCCCCCGGGAUGCAGGGACACGUGGUCGACUCGAGAGUGCCCAGGCCACUUUCCAGGCCCAUCGGGACAAGUAUGAGAAGCUGCGGGGAGAUGUGGCCAUCAAGCUGAAGUUCCUGGAAGAAAACAAGAGUUCAGCCCCUACCCCAAAAGCACCAUCAGAGCAGAGUCCUUGUGCCCCUGGUCUGUGCCUGGGCUCAGGCUCAUAGACCCUCAAGAAGGGCGCCUGAGUCUAGCCUUAGCUGACCCUGCUGGACCCCCAGAUCAAGGUGAUGCACAAGCAGCUGCUGCUCUUCCACAAUGCCGUGUCCGCCUACUUUGCUGGGAACCAGAAACAGCUGGAGCAGACCCUGCAGCAGUUCAACAUCAAGCUGCGGCCUCCAGGAGCUGAGAAACCCUCCUGGCUAGAGGAGCAGUGAGCUGCUUCCAGCUCAACUUGGCUAUCAAGAAGGACAUUGGGAAGGGCAGCCCCAGGGUGUGGGAGAUUGGACAUGGUACAUCCCUUGUCACUUGCCCUCUGGCUUUGGCUCCUUUUUCUGGCUGGGGCCUGACAGCAGUUUUGCCCACAUUGCUAUGGUGGGAAGAGGGCCUGGAGGCCCAGAAGCUGCUGCCCUGUCUAUCUUCCUGGCCACAGGGCUUCAUUCCCAGAUCUUUUCCUUCCACUCCACAGCCAACGGCUAUGACAAAACCACUCCCUGGCCAAUGGCAUCACUCUUCAGGCUGGGGUGUGCCCCCUGACCAAUGACAGAGCCUGAAAAUGCCCUGUCAGCCAAUGGCAGCUCUUCUCGGACUCCCCUGGGCCAAUGAUGUUGCGUCUAAUACCCUUUGUCUCUCCUCUAUGCGUGCCCAUUGCAGAGAAGGGGACUGGGACCAAAGGGGUGGGGAUAAUGGGGAGUCCCAUUGCUGGCCUUGCAUCUGAAUAGGCCUACCCUCACCCACCCACCCAGUUUAAUUGUGCUUAGAGCCCAAGAAGAUUGGGAUCUAGCACUAGGAAUAAACGUUUCAUAAAAGCA